CCUCCAAAGAAUCCAUCAUUCAGAGUCUUGUUGGGGAACUUUCAUUUAUUCUUUUCUUUAAUCUGCGGAAAGUUAUCAGUUCCACUUAAAGUGGUUACAAGGACAAAUGCAUGGACCCCGCUGAGUGAUCGUGAAAGAUUCUCGACAAUAUUGGGAAGAGGUCGAUGCCCUUGGCAGAAAGCUCACUGCAACUUCCUCCCCUUAGGUGUGUUGCUGGUGCUUAGAAUCUAUAGUUUCAGAAAGUGAUCAAACAAUCAUAAGAACAGAAGCACGUAGAAGAGGAGCACUGUGAAACAUCGCUAUCUUGUUGGUGUGGACGAAGGAGCAAUGGCAGAGGUGGUCGCUUCCAGUCUCCUGAGGUUGGUGUUUGACAAGCUGGGCAACAAAAUCCUAAAGGAGUUUGGGAUGUCGAGGGGUGUCGACAAGGAAUUGAAAAAGCUGGAGAGUACUCUAUCGACGAUCCAUGAUGUGCUUGAGGAUGCCGAGGCAAGGCAGGUGAAGGAGAAGGCUCUCAGAGGAUGGCUGAGAAAGCUCAAAGAUGUGGCUUACGAUGUUGAUGAUGUGUUGGAUGAGGUUGCAGCCAAAGCUAUGAAACGAAGAUCGGAGAACAAAAGCCACAUAACUGAAAAGGUGCGUCAAUUGUCUUCAAUCCCAGACUCAUUUGUGUUUCCAUCUAAGAUAGCUCAUAAGAUAAAGAAGAUUAGGGAGAGAUUAGAAGAGAUUGCAGGGGAGAGGACCAAGUUUCAUUUACAAGAGCGAGUUGCUGAAAACAUUAGGGCCGAGACUACAGUGAGAGAAGAGACUGGUUCUUUGAUUGAUGAAUCCGAAGUUUAUGGCAGACAGGAAGAUAAAGAAAAGAUAAUAGAUUUCCUAAUUAACAUGUCUGAUGAAAGGGAUCUUGGCGUGACAGCUAUUGUUGGGUUGGGAGGGCUCGGUAAGACGACAGUUGCUCAAUUAGUGUAUAAUGAUCCGAGGGUGUGCGAGCAUUUUGGAAAAAUGAUAUGGGUUUAUGUGUCUGAUGAUUUUGAUAUUAAAAGGCUUACCAGAUCAAUCAUAGAAACUAUGAGUGGGAGUGAAUGUAGUCUCACAGGAAUGGAUUUAAUGCAGCAUAAGCUUAAAGAGUUGAUUGGGGAUAAGAGAUUUUUACUUGUGCUGGACGACGUUUGGAAUGAGAAUUAUGAAAAAUGGGAUAGGCUGAGAACUGUGUUGAUUGGUAGUGCUAGGGGAAGUAAAGUCAUAGUGACUACACGUAGUGCACGAGUGGCUUCUAUCAUGGGAACAGUCGCGCCACACUUUUUAUCGGAUCUAUCAGAGGAGGAUUGCUGGUUGUUAUUUGAAAAAAGGGCAUUUGGAUUGGGGGGUUGUGAGAAGACCCCAUAUUUGGUAGCUAUUGGGAAGGAGAUUGUGAAAAAAUGUGGAGGUGUUCCAUUAGCAGCAAAGGCUUUAGGAAGUUUGAUGCGUUUCAGGAGAGGAGAGAGUCAGUGGUUGGCCAUCAAGGAGAGUGAAAUUUGGAACUUGCCGGAUGAUGAGAAUGAAAUCUUACCCGCUUUGAUGCUGAGCUAUAAUCAUCUGCCAUCUCAUCUGAAACAAUGCUUUGCAUAUUGUUCCAUAUUUCCUAAAGGUGAAGAAAUAAGAAGCGAACAAUUGGUCCAGCUAUGGAUUGCAGAAGGCUUUGUGCAAUCAUCUAAUGGAGGAACAUACUUGGAAGAUGUGGGUUUGCUGUAUGUUGAUGAGUUGUUAUCAAGAUCGCUAUUCCAGAGAGGUCAGGAAGAUUUAGAUGGUGUGGUGAGGCAGGUUAAGAUGCAUGACCUGGUUCACGAUCUUGCUCGAUCUAUUGCGGGUGAUGAAUGCUCGAUUGCAGAUGCUGGUGAUGAGACAGUAACUUCCCAAAAUUGUCGGUAUGCAUCACUCAUUUGUAGAGGUCCAAUAACGACAAUAUUGGAACCUCUCAAAGAUGCACAAAGGCUGCGGACUUUGUAUUUUAUUGCAUCCAGAGGCAGGACGGAGGAAGAGGAUAAGGGGGAUGAUGUUCUUCAAGCUAUAUUCUCCAAAAUGAAGUUGCUACGUGCAUUACAUCUAAGCAAAUGUCCCAUGAAAGCCUUACCAGUUUCAGUAGCUAAACUUAAACAUCUGAGAUACCUCAGCCUCUCAUACACUGACAUCGAAACAUUACCACCGUGUAUCGGUGCUCUUCAGAAUCUGCAGAUAUUUGACCUGUCAUGUUGUCGGCAACUUCGAGCAAUGCCUGAAACUAUUGGUGACCUCCAGAAUCUGUUAUGUUUGAAUCUCAGUGAUUGCAAAAACAUUUUUUCCCUACCCAACUCCAUUGGUUAUGCUAGGAAUUUGCAAAACUUGGACCUCUCAUUUUCCCAGAUCCAAACAUUGCCUGAAUCCCUGAGCUUCCUUUCAAAUCUGCAGUCACUGAGCCUCAGAUAUUGUUACUUCCUAAAUAGGCUUCCAGAGAACAUGAAGAAUGUGAGAAGCCUCAAACAUCUAGACAUAUAUCAAUGUUGUGAACUGGCUUGCAUGCCUCCAGGGAUGGGACAGUUGACUCACCUGAGGACAUUGCCCAUGUUUGUGCUUGGUGGGAAGAACAGUUGCAGACUUAGUGAGCUUGGUCGCCUGAACCUUUUAGGUGAAUUGGAUAUUAGAGGACUUGAGAAUGUGGGUGAAGCUACAGAGGCGAGGAAAGCCAACUUGAAGGAGAAACAGGGCCUUCAGUCACUAAAAUUAUCAUGGGAUUUGAAUGCUUACGUGCAGCCAGGGCAACCAUGGGAGGAGAUUGAGAACGAGGGGACAAGUAUGAAGGAAUUGGUAGCACAAGACUGGGAUGCUGAUGCUGACUUGGUAGAGGAGGUGCUCGGGAAUCUCCAGCCACACAAAAAUUUGAAGGUAUUGAAGAUAACAGAAUAUGCAGGCAAGACACUUCCAUGGUGGCUAAAGGAGUCCUCACUUCCAUAUUUGGCUGAGCUGUCUCUGACAUCUUGUGUAAGAUGUGUGCAUCUUUCUGGACUGGAGCAGCUACACACCCUUAGGGUCCUCAAAUUGAUCAAGCUUCCUGCGGUGAAGUGCCUUCCAGCAGUCGGGCAGUUACCAUAUCUUGAGGUCCUUGUAAUGGAGGUUCUUGCCGUAAGGUGUUUAGGCUCAGAGUUCUAUGGUGGCGAAGGAGCAUUCCCUGCAUUGGAGGAGUUCAAACUAUCGUGCAUGUUGGACUUGGAGGAUUGGCCCACAGUAGGUGGUGGAGAAUUCCUUCCCCAUCUCUCUAAGCUGUGCAUAGUCGAAUGCCCAAAGCUGAGAGCACUGCCAUCGGCUUUUCCAUCUGUUAGAGAACUGAACAUGAAUAUAGAUGAUGAGCUGCUUCUAUCUUCCUUUGAGAGUGGUGCAUUUCCAAAUCUCAAGAUUUUGAACAUUGGAAACUGCGAUUUCGACAAUGACAACGAUGACAACGAGGAUGAUGAUCACGACAAUGGCGACAACAUCUACCCAUCUUUCAUUCCGAAAGUGCUCGCUGUCCGAAUGAGCUCCCUUGAACAUUGGUUUGUGCGGGCAAAGCCCAAGCCUAUAGCUUCUGGUUCCUCUACAAUGGUUCAUCUACAAUGUGUAUCAAUGAACGUUGUAUUUGCCGGGGAGACAUUAAUAAUGCCCCUUUUAUGAAUUUUACCGAAGCACUGGGCUGUCGGCACAGCUCCUCCGGACUGUUGCAUUUCAUGGUCAUCUAACUGCAUCAAACUUAAAACUUCGUUGCGACAGAGGAGAAAAAGUGCUGAUGUUUCUGCUUGCCGUCUUAUAUAUCUGUGGAUUGACAACUUGGUGAGUUCAUUGAUAUGGUAUGGUUUCCUGCUAAGAGUUCUUGUGGGGUCAAUUUUAAGCUUAUAUGGCCCUGUUUUAUGUUUUCAUGAGAGCAAGCGUCUUGUUGUCUGUGGAGUUUUUUGAAUAAAGCCAGUAAACUAGUGUUA